AUAGUGGGCAAGUUUUGUGUUGUUGUAGCAGCAGACAGGUUACUAUCGUCAAAAAGUGCUUCCUGAAUCACAACACCAUGUGAACCCUAGUUACGAUGCAGAGCACAGUGGGUCAUCGCAGCAGGACUACUGUGGCCUGUGGUGUUACAGUAGUUGGAGUGUGUGCUGCUGCUUUGCUCCUCGCCAAUGUACUCCUUUACCUGUAUCUGGACUCUGUAUAUCAUACUGGUGAGCAGCAAGUUUCACCUCUGGUGGGCUGUGGGCCUCAACACUUUAAAAUGCCAACCAUGAAAAACUGCACCCCCUGGCUUCAGUGUUCACAAAUAAAUGCUGAAGUACACAAGCUGAAGCUGAUUGGCCAGGGAGCAAUGAAAAAGGUCUAUUUGGCAGAGUGGAGAGGUCAGAAGGUAGCUGUGUCCAUACUGUCUUCUUUGGAUUACUGGGAGGAUUUUCUCCAUGGAUUGUCAAUGUUACAGGCCCUGCAGAGCCCCCAAGUGGUUCAGUUGGUGGGGUUUUGCCUUGAAGACUACAUCAUUGUGACAGAGCACCACCCAUUUGGCUCAUUGCUUAACCUGGAUAGUGUUCUUGCAAAAGAGCAACACCAGCAACACAACACGUGGCAGAUGCGACUGAGACUAGCUAUAGAUUAUGUCUCUGUCCUCCAUUACCUCCAUAACAGUCCAGUUGGGCGACGAGUUAUGUGCGAUUCCAACAGCCUUGAGAAAACUCUCUCCCAAUUUCUACUGACAAAUGACUUUCAUCUAGUAGUGAACGACCUUGAUGCUCUUCCUGAAGUUGAUCUGUCCAGAAACUUGUUAGUGAAAUGUGGCCAUCGGGAGCUCACUGGAGAUUUUGUCGCUCCAGAGCAGCUAUGGCCAUUCAGAAACAAUGGGAAGCCAUUUUCAGACAAUCUUAUGCCCGAGUAUGAUGAGAAGACAGAUAUCUGGAAGAUCCCAGAUGUGACAUGGUUCCUGAUGGGAAGGGUAUCUGGGGGGGAUUUAGUACAUUUCCAUCUUUUUCAGAUCCAUGAGAGGUGCAAGAAGAAGGACCCCAAGUUCCGUCCUUCAGCUCUUGAUGUUUUGAAGGUUUACAAAUCAGUUUACAGCAGCAUGGUACGAGAUGGUGCUGGCUUUAGAGAUAUGCUGUAGAGACCAUAAAUUUACAAGAACAAGCAGUUUUACUAUCUUGUGUACUAAAAUAAAUUCAAAAAGGGUUGAGCUUUGGGUUUUUACA